CUUAAUGUGCAAAUAAUUACAAUAGGUUCAAUCAAAAGUUCUGUUUUUCAGCUGGUAUAAAUAGCAGUACAGUCUAUAACUGACGUGUUCACAUUCGUAUUGUACGGGAAUUGCGCUCAAAAUGUUUUUCAAAUUUUUUAUAUUUGUGAUAAGUUGUAUGGCCUUUGAUGCGGCCUCCGCCUGCAAUGGUUACAAGGCAAAGCUGGUCAAAAUGGAGAACUGUGCUGGCGAUGAUGCCAUCAUGAAGGUGGAGGAUGGCUUCAGUGUAAAGCUGAACAAGAAGUGCGAGCUUAUACCCACAGGCUGCAUUUCCAACAAGGCGUUUGCCACAGCCGAGGCCAAGUUCAAGGUGCAAAAAGAUGGUUUGGUAAUGAAGGAGGGCAAAAUGGAUUUGUGCGCUGCUGCUGAUCAAGCAACAACUGAGGCCAAGGAUAUGCUUAAGCUGUUCGGCGCUCCAUCCAACUGUCCAGUGCCUGAAGAGAAGAUUUGCGCCAAUGAUCAUACCGUCGAUUUGUCCAAAUACAAAGCUAUGCUGGGCAUGGCACGUGGACAUCUUAUUGUGGAUUGCGAAAUUAAGCACGAUACUGGCAAGUCCUGUUUCCAUGCUGAAAUUGAAAUAACCAAGAACUAAACUAUAAUGCUGAUCAUUUAAGUAUGCCCUACGGCAUUUCAAUAUU